AUGCAUUUAUUUGUAAUUUAUUCUAUUUUUUUAUUUAUUACUGUAACCCAUCAAGAUGAAUCUGUGAUUUCUUUUAAACCAAAUUCUAUUAGUCUUGCCGUUGGUGACCAAAAAUCAGUCAAUGUUCGUCUUAUUAAAUUAGAUAUUAUCUUUCCAAUUUCUAUUCAAUUCCUUUAUAAUGGUAAAUUGAAUGAUUCACAAGGUUAUAUUGAUAUCAUACCAGACAUAACUUUUAUAAAUGAUACAACUACUGAUCGAAGUCAAAAUAUUCUUAUAACUGGUCGUAAUCAAGGUCAUCUUGUUAUAACAGCACAGUCAUCUCGAGUUAAUAUAUCAACAGUAGUAGAUUAUCUUCUUAUUGAUAUAGCACGUAGUAAUGUACUAAGUAUAUUCGUACAAAUUGUUGGUUGGAUUUAUUUUGCUGCAUGGUCAAUAUCAUUUUAUCCUCAAAUAAUAUUAAAUUUUCAACGUCGAAGUGUUAUUGGACUUAAUUUUGAUUUCUUAGCAUUAAAUAUAAUUGGACAUUCAUGUUAUUCUGUAUUUAAUCUUUAUUUAUAUACAUCAUCGACUGUUCAACAAGAAUAUUUUGCUUUACAUCCACAUGGUGUUUUACCUGUUUUACUUAAUGAUGUAAUAUUCAGUUGUCAUGCUGUUUUUGCAUGUUUGAUAACUGUUGCUCAAUGUUUAUUUUUUGAACGUGGCGCUCAACGUGUAUCAUAUACUGCACGUGUUAUUGGUGCUGUAUGUCUUGUAUUUUUAUUUGUAUCAACAAUUGUUUCAACAUCUAAACAUUUAUCAACAUUAAAUUUAUUAUAUUUUUUUUCCUAUGUUAAAUUAUUUAUAACAAUAAUUAAAUAUUGCCCACAAGCAUGGAUGAAUUAUAAACGAAAAUCAACUGAAGGUUGGUCAAUUGGCAAUAUUCUUUUAGAUUUUACUGGUGGAACAUUGAGUUUAUUACAAAUGUUUUUUCUUGCAAGUAAUUAUAAUGAUUGGUCAUCAAUAUUUGGUUCACCAACAAAACUUGGUUUAGGAUUAUUUUCAAUUAUAUUUGAUAUUUUAUUUAUUGUUCAACAUUAUGUACUUUAUCGUACACAUGAUGGAAUUAAUCAUCGAAUUAAUCAUUCCAGUAACGAAAGUGAUGAAAAUUCACCAAUAUUAUUAUCAACAGCUUGA